AGCCGCCGCGUAUAAUCGAGCAAAUAAGUCGCAAUCGCGCCGCGUUGAAGACCGCCCGUCGGCCACGCACGAACGGUUAAUCGAUCGAGUCAAGUCGAAGCCGAGGGAAAUUCUUACGUUUUAUCCUCCAGUCUCUUGCCGAAGCCCGCCGUGGUUGCGGUGACUCGGAGUUUGUUCAAAGUGUGUCCGACCUGCGCCUCUUCGACUCGUUUCGAAAGCGUCCGCCCGCCGACGUUUGAAAUCUAUGCGUCGAAGUCUACGCGCGUGCUGUGGAGAAAUAUCACCGAGAAUCCGAUUCUCGCCGUUUUGUCCGCCGCGUACGAAGCACAAGGGACCAGUCGAGUUCAAAGCGCACGAAAGUUGGAAGAUCAAAAUGCGCGGAAAAAGUAUCUGCCCGUCUCUCUUCCCUGAGGAGAUUCGAUACGACGACGGGAGAAGCCGUGCAGAUACAGUAGAGCCCCGUAUAACGCCGGGGGGGGAUACGACGGCAUUAUACGAGUCCCAUCGGUUAUUUAUUGAGUUAGGUGAAAAUAUAUAUUUAUAAGAAGCGUAAAAUGAUAACUUGAGAACGUUAGGUUUUUUUUUCUUACUUUAAAGGUUAACAUAAUUACACGAGAGAACAGUUCCAGAUAGCACAGUUAGUUUCACAUACGUUCUUUUAACGUGUGUAAUAUUGGAUUGUAAAACGUUACGUGCGUUUAACGCUUUUAGUGCCGAACGACGAUAUAUCGUCGCGUAUCCGAAGGCGUCUUACUAUUCGCAUUGCGAGUGUAUGCGUAUGAUUUUCAACAAAUAUUGAAAUACAAUUGGCAUUACUUUAUUCUUCCUUUAUUUCGUAAUACGCUGCUUUUUGAAUUUUGUAAAUAUCAUUUUUAGUUUGAUUUUUAUGAGCUUUUUCCCAAACCUUAGCAAAUUCGUCAAAUCGGCUCGGUAUUCUUCGCAUAGGUACGAUACUUUCGCUCGGCACUAAAAGGAUUAAAGAACAUAACUGAUAUUUCAAAAUAAAUCAUAAUUUUCAUCGUGAAAUUCGACCAUAAUGUCAUGAAAUACAAUGAAAAUUAAAGUGUAAUUCCGAAAAGUGAUAGUGAAAAAAUAAAUUUUUAAAAUAUUAGGCAUCGCAAAAUCUACUGAAUUAAAUUGAAAACUGUGUAUAUAUUAAUGAAACGAGGUCAAUUGAAAGGUCACACUUCAACAAAAUGUUCCCGUCAGGCCUGGGUAGUUACAUGCGUUCAUCGCGCGUUAUUUAUGUAAAGCCACGCCUAAUGACACACGCUCGGUAUAUUUGUCGAUAAAAAGAAUAAUUCCACAAAUACGGGAGAUUAAGAAUUUUAAUAUUAAUCUACCGCGUGAUACGGGGCUGAGGCGUCGCGCGAGGACUGUCACAAUUUUUCCCGUCCGCGUGUUAUUCGAGUCCGCGCGCGAGUUGGGGGGGGGGGUGAUCGUGUCAAUGUUCAAUGUUCGUCUACUGUACUUGUUCUCACCCACUCUGAAUGAACGUUGUUGGAAUCGCUCAGACCUUGCGACAUCCUCUUGUCGUCUUUGUAGAUCUCGUGUGCCGACCUAUAUACACGCUGAUGGUCUUCGAUCACGGUGCACGUGUAACUAACGCUAAAAUGCCGCUAAAUUAUCGUAAGGCAAGGUACAACGAGUGGGUGUUGCGGUGUCGCGCCAUCGAGUGAUUGUACCUGAUGCCGCCCGCCAAUUAUCACAAUGUCUGUCUCCUCGGGAACGAACAAAUGUACCUCAAGACUAGUCGUCGUACUGCAGCUGGCCACCUGGAGCGCGGUCAGUAUCGUCCUGCUCCAGAAAGGUGUCAGUUCCCUGCAGAGGAGAACGCUAGAAGCGACUAACGUUAGCGAGGCGGAUCCAUCAUCGAUCGGCGCUCCGAGCAUUCAGUUCGGCACCGUGUCAUCCGUGAAGGACACCGAAAACAAAACACCGAGACAAUCCGUCGACAAGAUCGCGGAGGUGGUCAUUCGGUUUAACACGGGAUCGGCUCGACGGGACUGGAACCGUUCCGGAUUAAACGUGAUCAGGAGCGAGUUGGGGGACGAAUUUGAGAUCGUUUCGGAGGAACGACGAUCCACGUUGCCGGACCCUCUCGAAAUCUCGACGACUAAUCCGGAAACGUCGAGAGGAAGCUCGUCGCGAGCGGACAACCGCUUAUCAGACGAGCAUGAUCCCAUCGAUAAAAGCACAUCGAGCAGGUUCGCGAGAAUCAUUCACGAUAAGAUCGUCGGCCGUGGGAUCUCGGCGAAUAUUCGCGCGAGGGAGAACAUCGCAAGUCCGGAAGAAUCCGUUUCGCAACCGGUGAAGGGAGAAAAUAGCCGCGUGAGAGGAAAGGACAUAAAUUUUCCGGAAAACACGUCGCGAUCUGUGACGUCACCGACGUCGACCGUACGAGGAAAAGCCGACCAGCUGUCGUCGAUGUCAGAUUCUCUCUGGAGGAGGAAGGACGAGGCGCAAUUUUCGCGCCGCGUAAGUGCCAGCGGGGCCGCGAUGGCCGUCGCUAUGGUAGUGAUCGGGACUAUCAUGCUGUUGCUGGGGCCGGCCGUAAUUGUCUUACGAUUGCUGGACGAGAGGAGGCGAGCGAGGAAGUCGCAGAAUGAGUUAUCGGACGAUACCGCGUGGCAAGAUCUGCCGCCAACCUAUGAACAGGUAGUCCUGAUGAACGAGGAAGCGCCGAGGUACUCGACGCUGGUUUUCAGCGGCCGGCUUGAUGAUGACGCACGUUUGUCACCGUCCCCACCGAUGCUUUCACCUUCGCCCUCACCUGCACCUUCACCUACGCCUCCAUCUCCAUCGCCUUUCUCUCACGCUUACGGCUCUUCUCUGGAUCCUUCCGAAAUAAAAUUACAUUCAUGUAGAUGAAGUAUCUCUCCGAACAGCUUCAUCGUGAUGCUGUAAGGAGAAAGACAUCUCUUUGCCCACCCGUUUUAUACAAAAUAGUCCAUCUUAGCUUAGCUACGGUCCUUAGGAAUUUCGAGGUUUCGUCAUAGUUUUUUAUACAAGGUGUCGCAAAUCAGCAUGGACGAGCUUCGUGAGGACGUAAAACGGAUCGAACAAGAAAGUCCCGUAUCUCUUUGCAAGCAACAUGCAAAGUUUCGAAUUAUUAAUUAUCGAUAAUAGUCAUGCACAGAGGCUUCUUUAAUUGAUAGCUCAAAAAUUUGCACGUUAUUUGCAAAGUCGCGAGAGAUAUUUUUGCUCAGAGUGGCCUAAUCUACAAAUGUAUGGCAGAGGACUUUUUUGUUCACUUCUGUCUAUUCUACGCUCUCGCUAAGUUUGCUCAUGUUGAUUUGAAGCAUCCUAUAUAAUUAUGAGCCCCGAGAUUUUAUUUGAGAAGGAAAAAAAGGAUAUAUGUAUUGCAUUUUUAACUUAUCAAGAAAUAUUAUAUAUAAAAUAUAACUUUGCGCUUUUUAAGUUAGAAGUUAAAUCUAGUUUGCGAAGCAAAAGUAUAAUUGAAAUCUUCGGAUACUUCUUUUUAGAGUCUGCACGAGAUCGCACGGAUAAAAAUAUAUAUUUUAAAGAUGCAUAAUUAGAGUUAUAGAGUCGAGAAUAUUCGUUAGAAAGUUAAUAUUUUUUAACAAUACUAAGGAAUAUGAUUUAAAAAUAUCAUCAAAUGUCAGCAACUUAAGUUCGCACUGGAAUAAGAGAUACAAAAGAGAAAGAGAGAUUUGUAUACUUAUUUUUUUAGUAGAUUUACGAUGACACACGAUCUAUUCUUGUGAUCA